AUGGAUUCCUUUUUUCGGAGUGAAGAGAUGUGUCUAGUCCAGCUGUUUUUCCAAACUGAGUCAGCUCACAACUGCAUCAAUGAGCUUGGGCAUCUAGGACUGGUGCAAUUUAAAGAUCUAAAUCCUGGAACAGUCGCCUUUCAGCGCCGAUUUGUGAAGGAGGUGAAGAAAUGUGAGGAGAUGGAGAGAAUUCUUCGGUUCUUGGAAAAUGAGGUUGUCAAAUCAAACAUCCCCAUCCCAGCAGACUUUACCAGUGAGACAAUACCUGUUCCACGAGAUGUUCUGGAUUUAGAGUCUAGAUUUGAUAAACUGGAGCAGGAGCUGAAGGAGAUCAACUCAAACCGAGACACCCUCAGGCAGAACUUCACUCAACUAAUGGAGAUCAACCAUCUCCUGCAGAUGACUGAUGACUUUUUUGAGGAGGCUGAGUCCCAGCUCUCUAUCUCUGAACUUCCUUCUGAAGACUCGGUGUACUCUUCCAAGGUGACAUGCAGACGCACCAGUUACACCAGCACCAACGGACCCCUGAAACUUGGGUUUGUUGCAGGAGUCAUCAAGCAUGAACGUUUCCCUGCCUUCGAAAAGAUCCUGUGGAGACUGUUUCAUGGAAACUUUGUCCUCCGUCAUGCUGAAAUCAAGCCCCAUGAGGAGGAGAACAUGGCUGAGGAUCCAGUCAAGAAGGAUGUGUUCGUAGUAUUUGUCCAAGGAGACCAGAUCAGAGGAAAGAUCAGAAAGCUAUGUGAUGGGUUUCAUGCCAGCAUGUAUCCAUGUCCCAACAAUGCGUACGCAAGAAAGGAAAUGAGAACAAACGUCAACACACGCAUUGAAGACCUUCGAUUGGUCCUGAAGAGGACAGAGGAGUUCCGUGAGACUACCCUGACUGCAGCAGCAGCCAACCUCCAGGAGUGGGCCUCUAAAGUAAAGAAGAUGAAGGUCAUCUAUUACACAUUGAACCUGUGUAACAUAGACAUCACACAGAAGCUGAUUGUUGCUGAGAUUUGGUGUCCAGUGUCUGACUUAAACUCUGUGCACACUGCACUGAUAAAUGGAUCAGAGCAGAGCGGCUCCAGUCUUAGCCCCGUCGUGAACAGAAUCCAAACCCAACAGACACCUCCAACAUUCAACAGGGUUAACUCCUUUACCUCAGGUUUCCAGAGCAUUAUUGAUGCCUAUGGGGUCGGCAACUAUCAGGAAAUAAACCCAGCUCCAUACACCAUGGUGACCUUCCCCUUCCUGUUUGCGGUCAUGUUUGGAGACUGUGGUCACGGUCUCGUCAUGACUCUGCUCGCUUUAUGGUUGAUCCUACACCAAGAACACUUCAGGAAGCUGAAGAACGAGCUGAUUGACAUGCUGGUGGAUGGACGCUACAUUAUAAUCCUGAUGGGCCUCUUCUCCAUAUACACUGGCCUCAUCUACAACGACUGCUUCUCCAAGUCUUUCAAUGUCUUUGGAUCCUCGUGGAGCGUCCGACCCAUGUUCCAUCCACACGGACCGUGGACUAAUGACACGUUGCAUGACUCUGGCCAUCUUCAUCUGGACCCCCUGGUGUCUGGAGUCUACUCUGGCAAUCCCUACCCAUUUGGUGUUGACCCGAUUUGGAAUAUUGCAUCGAAUAAGCUGUCGUUCCUGAACUCUUACAAGAUGAAGAUGUCUGUAAUCAUGGGAGUGGCCCACAUGCUCUUUGGAGUCACUCUGAGUCUGGUGAACUACAUAUUCUUCAGAAACUUAAAGGAUGUUGCGUUGCAGUUCAUUCCAGAGGUGAUUUUCAUGCUGUCUCUGUUUGGAUACCUGAUCUUCCUCAUCCUCUACAAGUGGUGUGUAGUGAUGAAGUCUGAAUCUGCUCCUAGCAUCCUGCUCCUCUUCAUCAACAUGAUGCUCUUUGACUACAGCUCUGAGGGUACUGUGCUUUACAGAACACAGAAACCAGUGCAAAUAUUUCUGGUGGUUGUUGCUGUGCUUAUGGUGCCGUGGCUACUGUUUGCCAAGCCCCUGCUCUUGUAUAGAAAACACAAGCAAUUAAAGCUGAAGCCCUCAACAAACAAGCUUCCCAUGCAGGUUUUUGGGAUCUCCAACCAAGAGGCUUCAGAUAACAGGAAAGUGAAGGUCAGUAUGGCUGACAUUUUCGUGUACCAGGGCAUCCACACCAUCGAGUACUGCCUUGGAUGCAUCUCCAACACAGCCUCCUACCUCCGCCUGUGGGCUCUCAGUCUAGCUCAUGCUGAGCUGUCUGAGGUGCUGUGGAAGAUGGUUCUGCAGGUGGCUCUGAGGGUCACCUCGGGGAUGGGUUCUGUUCUGCUGGCAGUGACCUUUGCUGCCUUCGCUGUCCUCACAGUCACCAUUCUCCUGGUCAUGGAGGGUCUCUCUGCCUUCCUCCACGCCCUACGGCUGCACUGGGUUGAAUUCCAAAACAAGUUCUACAAAGGAUCUGGGUACAAGUUCACACCGCUUUCCUUCGACAGGAUGAGAGACAUGCAGUGACUUCAGAUAGAGAAACGC